AUGGACACUUUCAUGCUUCGAGAUGAAGCCGCCAAGGAGCGCAUCCGCCUGUGCGAGGAAUUCCUCGAUCCUCAUGACCAACGUGUGAGGAGUUACCGAGCCGACAUUAUCCUGAUGCUCCAGAAGAACCUACGACGUCUCGUUGUCAACCUAGACCACGUUCGCGACCACAACCAGGAGCUCGCAGAUGGUCUGCUGUUCGAUCCGUUCGACUAUACCCUUGCCUUCAACCAUGCAUUGAAGGAGAUUGUCAAGACCAUACCGCAGGCCCGCCCGGACCAGACUGACCCCGAUGUCCUGUACUACUGCGCUUGGGCAGGCAGUUUCGGUCUGAACGCCUGCAACCCGAGAACAUUGUCAUCAAACCACCUCAACCACAUGGUAUCCAUCGAGGGGAUCGUCACGAGGACCUCUCUGAUCAGACCGAAGGUUGUCAAGAGUGUACAUUACAACGAGAAAAAGAACAUAUUUCACUUCCGCGAGUACCGCGACCAGACCAUGACCAAUGGCGUCACCACCUCCAGCGUUUACCCCCAGGAAGACGACGAAGGCAAUCCUCUGCUUACUGAGUAUGGCUUCUGCACAUACCGAGACCACCAGACCAUUUCGAUACAAGAGAUGCCCGAGAGAGCACCGGCUGGCCAGCUUCCUCGUGGUGUUGAUGUCAUUCUUGACGACGAUUUGGUCGACAGGGUGAAGCCAGGCGACAGAGUUCAACUCGUCGGUAUCUUCAGAACCCUCGGAAACCGAAAUACCAACCACAACAGUGCUCUCUUCAAGACCGUCAUUCUAGCCAACAACAUCGUCCUGCUGUCAUCCAAAGCAAGCGGAGGCGUAGCAACAGCUACCAUUACCGAUACCGAUAUUCGCAACAUCAACAAGGUUGCCAAGAAGAAGAACCUAUUUCAACUUCUGUCCCAGUCACUUGCGCCUAGUAUAUUCGGUCACGAUUACAUCAAGAAGGCAAUUUUGCUCAUGCUUCUCGGUGGUAUGGAAAAGAACCUCGAGAACGGCACGCAUCUGAGAGGAGACAUCAACAUUCUGAUGGUUGGUGAUCCUUCGACGGCUAAAUCCCAGCUAUUGCGCUUUGUCCUCAACACUGCCCCUUUGGCCAUCGCCACAACCGGUCGUGGAUCUUCUGGUGUGGGUUUAACAGCAGCUGUUACUUCAGACAAGGAGACGGGCGAGAGAAGACUCGAAGCAGGUGCCAUGGUUAUGGCAGACCGAGGUGUUGUCUGUAUUGAUGAGUUUGACAAGAUGUCCGACAUUGACAGAGUCGCCAUCCACGAAGUCAUGGAGCAGCAGACCGUCACAAUUGCCAAGGCCGGUAUACACACCUCAUUGAAUGCCAGAUGCAGUGUGAUAGCCGCUGCUAAUCCUAUCUUCGGCCAGUACGACCCCCACAAGGACCCUCACAAGAACAUCGCACUUCCUGAUUCACUUCUCUCCCGUUUCGAUCUUCUGUUCGUUGUCACCGAUGACAUCGAAGAUACGCGCGAUCGUCAAAUCUCAGAGCAUGUCCUGCGCAUGCACCGUUACCGACAGCCUGGAACCGAUGAAGGCGCGCCUGUGCGUGAGAAUGCCCAGCAGGCUCUCGGCGUUGCUCUGCAGAGCCAGGAUGCAACACAAAAGCCUACCGAUGUUUACGAGAAGUACGACGCCAUGCUACACGCCGGUGUCACCAUAACCUCGGGCCGAGGCGCAAAUAAACGCCAUGAGGUCCUCAGUAUCCCCUUCAUGAAGAAGUACAUCCAGUACUCCAAGACGAGAGUCAAGCCUGUGCUUACUCAGGAGGCUUCUGAGCGCAUUGCAGAGAUCUACGUUGGUCUCCGUAAUGAUGAAAUGGAGGGGAACACGCGAAGGACAUCUCCCCUAACUGUCCGUACGCUGGAAACUCUGAUUCGACUGGCAACUGCACAUGCCAAGUCACGCCUCUCCAACAGAGUAGAUGAGCGGGAUGCCUUGGCAGCUGAAGGCAUUUUGCGGUUUGCUCUCUUCAAGGAAGUCGUCGAGGAUGAGUCAAAGAAGAAGCGCAGACGGACGACACGACAAGUAGAAUCAGCGUCUUCUAGCGAAGAGAGCUCAGACGACGAUGAUGGCGAUGGAACAUUCAGAGCGUCAACGGCUCGCGGUAGUGCCGCUCGGUCAAGUCGGAAGACUGCCCGCAGCCAGCCAUCGACGAAUGGCCGUCGUGCAAAGGGCGCCAAUGGUCGUGCUACUGCAGAUACUCCUGAGCCCGAGAACGACGAGGAUGAAGAAGACAUCUAUGACGCUACACCGCGCCGAACAAACCGCAGCGGAGCUGCAUCGUCAUCAAACGCACCAACAACAUCGCAGCUCUCGUUUGCCUCCUCAAUGCCUGCUUCGCAGCUCGAAACGCAAGAAGAGGAGACACAAGAAGAUGACGACCUCGCUGCCGGCGCUGCAGGAUUGAACCUCGACGCGCCCAUCACCUCCGAGAGACUCGCCGCCUUCCGAACGGCUCUAGGACAACUUCUCAACUCGGACCUGUUUGAAGACGACUCGGCAAAUGUUGGCGAGGUCAUUGAAGCGGUCAACGGCCGCCUCGGAGCAAGGGGCGCCCCGUUCUCGCGGGAAGAAGCCAUCAAGGCACUGAAGAGGAUGGGCGAAGCUAACCAAAUUAUGUACACGGAUGGCGAGCUCGUAUAUAAGAUCUAG